AUAUAAUCAGUGUCGGUCGCAUGUCUGAAUGCCGCGUACUUCGGUUAUCUCUCUGUAAAUACGUAAUUUCGUCUUAUUGUUUUCCGUCGUUUUAUAGUUGAUGUUUGUCAGCGAAUAUUACCACUUCAUACUAUAUCAGAUAUAUAUGUCCUAUGGCUGGAAUGUAUAUGAAAAGAGACAGUAGUAUCGAUUUGCCUCAUCCGAUACAAGCUCAAACAUCGAUGACAUUAUGUUGGCAAUCGGAAUCCUACCAGGUAAACGGCGCAAAGAUCAAUCAUUCCAAUUGUACUCCGGCUAUACUCGGAGUGGUCGAUUUGACCAAGUUGAGGGUACAUCAAGAUGAUAAUGCUUCCUCACGAAAUGUUCCAGGACUUAAUUCUACGGUUACUGAAAGUAAAAAAGCUGUUACGUAUCAAAAUAAUAACGAAUUACCUAAUAUAGAAUUCUCCUGGUGGUACAUAUUCUGUCUGAAGUGCCGUCAGAAGGAAGUGGGACCGGGAUGGGAGCCCAAGUACUGGUCCAAGACGUGUCCCCAUCCGUAUUGUCCGUCGUUCCGGCAGGUGGCGAGGAUCAUGGCACUGCUCAUCACCGUCGUGUUGUUCUGGGGCGUUGUGAUAACCGUCAUCGGGGCGGACGCCAAGCCCGGCGGCCAGUUGUUCAACAUCGCCGUGCUGGUGAUCAGCGCGUACCUGGGCGGAUGGGUACUCCGCAUGCUCACUCUGCCUGCGCUUGUCGGCAUGCUCCUUGUCGGCAUAUUCUACCAGAACGCUGGUCUCAUAAGUAUAGAGGGCAAAUACAAGGGUCUCGUGUCGGUUUUAAGGAAAAUCGCAUUAGUAGUUAUAUUCACGAGAGCUGGGUUAGACUUGGAUCCUGUAGCGUUGAAAAAAUUAUACUGUAGAGUGUUGAUCCUCGCCCUCGUUCCGUGGUUUUUCGAAGCGGCCGUCAUUGCAGUAAUCGUAUAUUACCUCUUAAGUAUACCAUGGCCGUUUGCCAUACUUUGCGGAUCUAUAAUCGCGGCCGUAGCUCCAGCCGUAGUUGUUCCUUGCCUUUUCCGCUUGAGAUCAAAAGGCUAUGGGGUGGCCAAAGGUAUCCCGACUUUAAUCAUUGCAGUAGCGGGAAUCGACGACGCAGCUUCGGUUAUAGCCUUUGGAGUGGGAACUAGCAUGCUUUUCGGAUCAAAUACAGUUACCCAUGAUUUAUUGUUAAGUCCAAUAUCAAUAGCAGUUGGGAUUAUGUAUGGUAUUGUGUGGGGUUUUAUUGUUAAAUAUUUUCCGGAACGAUCUGAUCCGUAUGUUGUACCAUUGCGAAUUAUGAUGUUAACCUGCGGUGGACUAUUAGCUGUAUUAGGUUUUGAAGAAACGAGUUUAGAAGGCGCUGGACCAUUAGCUGUAAUCAUCUCUGCGUUUACUUCAAUGUAUUUUUGGACUAAACAAGGGUGGAAUAUUGAAAAUAAUCCAGUGGCCACGGCUUUUGAAAUAUUUUGGAUGAUUUGCGAACCAGUACUGUUUGGAUUGACAGGUACACAAAUUAUACUCAACCAACUUGAAAUUCGCUUCGUAACGACAGCUAUAGCAUGUGUCAUAAUCGCUAUUGUGGCAAGGAUUUGUGUGACGAUUAUAGCAGCGACUGGAAGUUCUUUAAAUUUCAAAGAAAAACUUUUUAUCUCACUUUCAUGGAUGGCCAAAGCGUCCGUUCAGGCCGCUUUAGGUCCGGCCGUACUGGAAGCUUCAUCCGGCCACAGCGAAGUGAACGUCGGCCACGCUCAGAUGAUUGUGACAUUGUGCAUCAUAUCAAUUUUGCUGACUGCUCCGGCGGGCGCGAUCAUCGUUUCGCUUUUAGGUCCCAAGCUGCUGACUAAGGCGAAGCCCAACAGCAACGAACAGUGGCGGCGCGGUCCCAGGCCGUCCAUCAGGGAUAUCACGUUGUACAACGAGGACGAGGAAAAUGAUACAUACGUGAGCAAUGAUCAGUUGGAAUGUGAUAAGACCAAAACGGAUAUAGUGGAGAUCCAAAACGAAAGGAUUUGAAGAAAUCGUUCGACCCCUCCCCCAUUUCUUCCAGGUAAACUUGGAAUGCGCAUGAGAAAUCGGCCAUCAAUAAGUAAACCUCGAUUUACGGUUUUCGUUGGAUAGUUAUUAUUAUUAUAAUAAU